UUGAUAUCUCGCCAGCUGAUGAGUCCACUACGUGUAACCCUUUCAGUUCAAGUGCAACCAAGGUCUAAACCUUUUACACAAGACAAAAACCUUUCUUCUGCUCGAUCCACAUUUUCCCGUCUAGAAGCACAGGCGUUAGUACAAGAGAUGCAAGACAUAGACACACACAUAAUGCAAUCCAAUCAACCUAACUACGUCUCACCCCACGCCCCCCAGAUUCUCUCUCAACACCCCAGAACUCCUAAUCAACCAAGUCUCUCAAAUCUCUCCGCACAAAAACUCCUGGAUGAACAUUCUAUGAAGUGGAGGUGGCAAGAACAACCAAGGCGGAUAAACACAUUCCCGGUACGGCCUGAUCGCCCACGACGUCAAGACCACACUACCCUAGAGUACCCUCGGCGAAGCGGCGCAAACCGCCCGAUAAGCACUACGAGACACGCAACGCAUGGUUGAAAUGGUAAAUUAUCUUCCAGGAAUCUGAAGUUCUGGAUUGGAUAGUUGUAAUGAUUGUGCCUGUGCGCCAGGGGUGCAAGAUUUGUACAAGGCGCUUGGUUAGAGGGAAGAGUUGAUAAGUGGGAGAUUUUUAGAUUGAAUAUCUAGUUUUCUUGUUACAUCGAACUGGUUGAUUUUCGAAGACUUUGACGCAAGACGGUAUUCACAUAGAUAUCUUGGUCUAAUAUUUUGAUUUUUUUUCUAAGACGAGAGGGAUAUCUUACUUUGAUAUCGCGGUUUUCGAGUGAACUAGACGACAGGUUCCUACGCUUUACACCACCAAACCCACCUUUCCGUUCCUCUCUACCAGAAACCAAACCAGGCCACUACCCAACAAUCCAAAAAUGACACUCCUCCCGGGCAUAUCAACAAUGUCGCUAGGCCGCAACCAAGCCGGGCACACCCUCUCCCACAAACUCCACUGCACAGCACAAAACGGCCUCCGCGGCAUCGAGCUCUUCUACGACGACCUCCAAGCCCUCGCAACGCCACCCACACCAUCUAACCUGCUCAAAGCCGCAACAUACGUCCACGAUCUCUGCACCUCGCUGAACCUCACUGUCAUCUGCUUGCAACCAUUCAUGCACUACGAAGGCCUCAUCAACCGCGUCGACCACGCAAAGCGGAUCGAGGACAUGAAACUCUGGCUCAAACUCGCGAAAGCGUUGGAUACGGACUUGAUACUAGUGCCUAGUUCCUUCCUCGGCGAGGACGAGUGUACAGGCGAUUUCGACACCAUAGUCUCCGAUCUCCGCGAGAUUGCGGAGUUGGGCGUCAGCGAGGGGGUAGAAGAUGGCAAGGUGAUUCGGUUCAUGUAUGAAGGGUUAUGUUGGGGUACGCACGUCGACACGUGGGAGGUUUGCUGGGAUAUUGUUCAAGCGGUCGACAGAGGCAAUUUUGGCAUUUGUCUCGACUCGUUCAACAUUUUGGGCAGGAUAUAUGCGGAUCCGGCGGCGGUGGGGGGCAAGACGGCCGAUGCGGAGAGUGUUGUUGGAGAGUCGAUGAAGAGGAUGGUGGAGAGGAUAACGCCGUUUAAAGAAAAGAUUUUCUUUGUGCAGGUUGUGGAUGCAGAGAAGUUGAGAGAGCCGUUGCAGCCGGGACAUGCGUUUUAUCAGGAAGGUCAACGAGCGAGGAUGAGCUGGAGUAGGAAUUGUAGGUUAUUCUAUGGGGAGACGGAAGAGGGAGCUUAUCUGCCGGUGAAGGAGGUUGUGGAGACAAUCUUCAAGAAGAUCGGAUACGAAGGGUGGGCUAGUUUCGAGUUUUUCAACAGGGCAAUGGAGAAGAAAGGGGACGGAGUCGUGGAAGGAUUGGCAGCGAGAGCGGGAAAGGCGUGGGGGAUUAUGAUGGAGGAUUUGGAAUUGGUGGAUGUAAGGGUGAGCCGGGCAGGCCUGAGGAAGGAUAGUAAGGAUUUGGAAGAGAUUGCGAGAUUGUAG